AAAGAAACUGUAACUCAUCCGCGUUUAAGCCUCGUAUGAAAUGCAUGCUGGGAUACUUGGCUGUCGCCACCGCUGCGCCCUCGGUAGGGGGCGGAGCAGGAGCACAUCCGGGCAUCUUGAGCGUGCUUGACCUGGCCGUGCUCUGGCUGUCACUGGCUACGACUCACAAGACCACCACACCGCAAGUACGCACAUCCGCGCAGAAACGGCCCUACUCUGUCCUUAGACAUGUCGGCCAGGAACCCGGGGACGAAGCUCGACCUGGACUGGAUAUCCAGAGUGAGAGUGAACACACAGGCUGUCUUGAAGAGGGCUCAGCACAUUCAAGGACUGAAGCUCCCCAAGAACCAGUGGCAGGCCGCCUGGCUGCUGAAGGCCGUAACGCUCAUCGACCUGACGACUCUGGCUGGAGACGACACGUUCUCCAACGUCCAUCGGCUCUGUAUGAAAGCUGUGCAGCCGGUCCAGCGUGACCUGCUCAGGAAGCUGGAUAUGCAGGACAAAGGAGUGACUACAGCAGCAGUGUGUGUAUAUCCAUCUCGGGUAACUGAUGCUGUCAAAGCACUUAAAGCAGCCAACUCCAGCCUUCCUGUUGCCUCAGUGGCCACUGGUUUUCCAGCAGGACAGACACCACUGGAGACCCGCUUGCAGGAGGUCCGCAUAGCAGUGACUCACGGUGCCACUGAGAUCGACAUUGUCGUCAACAGGAUGCUGGCCAUCACAGGACAGUGGGAAGCCGUGUAUGAUGAGAUCCGUCAGUUUCGGGAGGCCUGUGGCGACGCCCACAUGAAGACCAUCCUGGCUGUUGGAGAGCUGGGCUCAUUCACUAAUGUCUACAGAGCCAGCAUGGUCGCCAUGAUGGCCGGUUCGGACUUCAUCAAGACAUCUACAGGGAAGGAGGCUGUCAAUGCUACUUACCCUGUUGCCAUAGUGAUGGUGCGAGCUAUCCGUGACUACUUCAUGUGUACGGGCCACAAGGUGGGCUUUAAGCCAGCAGGGGGGAUCCGAACAGCUCAGGAGUCUUUGGUGUGGCUAACUCUGAUCAGAGAGGAGCUGGGGAAUGAUUGGCUCUGUCCUGGCCUGUUUCGCCUGGGAGCCAGCAGCCUGUUGGCUGACAUUGAGCGGCAGAUCUAUCAUCAAGUGACCGGACAGUAUGCAGCCUAUCAUGAUCUGCCCAUGGCUUGAGGUGCUUCAUGUUUUAAUGAUCAAUGAGAACCUUAGAAUCUCCACACAUUCCUCAAACAGGCAAUUCGGUGCUUAUUUGACACGUCAGUGUGGAAGGUGUUUUGAGUAUCGUGAUGAAGAACCAGGCUAAGAAAAUGAUGAAGAUUUAAGUUUUGUACUUCUAUUUUAACUUGAUUACACUUCACAAAAUAAAGAACUAUCUGCUGACUGA